AUGUCUUCAAAUGGCAGAGGUCGGUACUACUUGGACACCAAAGCUGCCAUUCGCAUGGUACAUGGGCUGAAAAACAUCCCCACCCGCGCCCCUUCACGCAAGGAUUCCCUUGUAGACACACCCAGCAGUAAAGAGCUACUUCGAUGGCAGACACUUUUCGGCUUCACCGCUGCGGAUGCCGAGGUCGAGUUCAUGGAGAAUCGUGCCAUGACAAGCACACAUGUUGCCCGGCCUGAGUCUGCCGCUCUAUGGCCAUGGGAGCGUUGCCGAGCGUUGGGUUUUGACUUGGAGAGCUAUGCUUAUUGGCUCAGGAUCGUGGAGCAGCACAAAUUACUCCAACCCCAAGAGACCGCAAACGCUGUUCGCCAUGCUGCCGACAGUUGGGAAAUCUUUGUGUUCAUGCCAGUAGACAGACUCGUCAAUCGAUUCAAAUGGACGCCGGAGAUCCAGAGACAACAGGGCUCAACCAUCAUUGCAAUUCGCGACGACAAGGAUUGUCAACAAAAGGCCAUAGUCUUGCGCGCGUAG